CAACCUCGUACCCAGGUCCUUCUAGGGAGGGAGAGAAGAUUAAGAGAUGCUUUGCGAUGGUUGCAGAGACAUGGUUGCUUUUGUGUUUUAAUACACGGUGUAAGGAAUGGAUAGAUUUUCUUGGAUAUCAAGUAAUACUCCACUAAACACAGGAGAAGAACUUGUUAUACAACAACGUGGCUUACGAAUUUAUGACGGAGAAAACAAGACAAAUUUUGAUAAUGGGAACUUAAUAUUGACUUCAUUUUCUUUAAUAUGGGAAGAUGAAGAGCAACAGGAUAGGAGAAUUCAAUUGUAUCUUGAAUUAAUUAUAAGAAUAGAAGAACAAGCAGCUGGGUUCAUGAAAAGUGCCAAAUUAUUGUUACAUUUAAAUUCACCGCCAGCCACAAAAGAUCCUGGUCCAUUUAAUUCAAGUUCAUUUACUUACAUAAAAUUAUCAUUUCGCUCUGGUGGUCACAUUGAGUUCCACAAAUUAUUAAAACAACAGUUGCAGAAAAAGGCUUGGAUACAACGGAAGCCAAAAGAGAAUGCUCCUUCCAAAGUCCAUAGACGAGGUCCUGGGAUUGUUGGAAUUGAACGAAAUUUAGAAGAAAAAUCGCGUGCAACAGACAAAACUAUCAGUCAGGCAUUCAAAGAUCUGGACGGUUUAAUGGAAAAGGCCAAAGAGAUGGUUGCUUUAGCAGAUAAGUUUGCAUCAAAAAUAGAAGAAAAGAAAGGAAGCAUAACUGAAGAUGAAACUAUUUUAUUCAAAUCCUAUCUUCUUAGUGUUGGAAUUUCAAACCCUGUAACCAGAGAAACCCAUGGUACCGGGACAACAUACCAUAAUGAAUUGGCAAAGCAACUAGAAAUCUUUUUGAGAGAGCAAUUGAAGGAAGCUGGUGGUAUGAUGACGUUGACAGACGUAUAUUGUAGAUUUAACCGUGCACGAGGAAUGGAGCUAGUUUCUCCUGAAGAUUUGGUUAAUGCAUCACGACAGUUUGAGUCUCUUAAACUUCCAUUGAGACUGCGCUCAUUCGACAGUGGCGUGUUGGUUAUUCAGUCUUCAAAUCAUAGUGACGAAGAAGUUAUUAGAGAUACAAGGGAUAAAUUAUUUUCUAAUAAGUGCUUGACAGCAGAUGAACUCUCGAAAAUUCUUGGUUUGUCAGUCAUGCUUGCUAAGGAAAGGUUGCUUGUUACAGAGAAAGUAGGCAAAGCAUGUCGAGAUGAUUCUGUGGAAGGUUUAAAGUUUUAUCCCAACUUCUUUCUUGAAACACCCGUUGAAUAAAACCCCGACUACAAAAUCAUCCACCUUAAUGCUUACAAAAACUAUAGUGCAGUUACAAUUGAUUUGGUCACUGGUUUGGAUGCAUUUGACUGGCCAGUCUUAAUGGAAAGAAAAGAAGGAAAGAACUUUUCAACCACCGGACCACCAGUGUCGGUGCCAAAUAAUUCGUGUUUGACGUAAUAUAAUGUUAAAAGAUUUGCUGAGAAGAACUAUAUUUUGUUGCAAUAGUGUUACUUUAGUCGAUAUCUAUAGAUCUUAAUUCACAAUUAAUCAACUUUCACCUUACAGUUUUGAAAGUCUUCUGUUUCAUCGAUAUCUCGUGCUGUGUACGUCGGGAGUAUUCCCUACACAAC